AUGUCUCCACUUCUCCGGUUUAGAAAACUAUCGUCCUUCUCUGAAGAUACCAUUAACCCUAAACCCAAACAAUCGGCAACCGUCGAGAAACCAAAACGGCGCCGUUCCGGGAGAUGUAGCUGCGUUGACUCAUGUUGCUGGUUGAUUGGUUAUCUCUGUACGGCGUGGUGGCUUCUCCUCUUUCUUUACCACUCUGUUCCGGUCCCGGCGAUGCUUCAAGCUCCGGAGUCUCCGGGAACUCGGUUGAGUCGAGACGGUGUCAAGGCGUUUCAUCCGGUGAUUCUUGUUCCGGGGAUUGUAACCGGCGGGCUCGAGCUUUGGGAAGGUCGGCCUUGCGCUGAAGGACUCUUUCGUAAACGUCUUUGGGGUGCUAGCUUCUCCGAGAUUCUUAGAAGGCCAUUGUGCUGGUUGGAGCACUUAUCUCUAGACAGUGAGACCGGUCUCGAUCCAUCGGGAAUCCGUGUCCGAGCAGUCCCAGGACUAGUGGCUGCAGACUAUUUCGCACCAUGCUACUUUGCUUGGGCAGUUCUCAUAGAGAAUUUGGCAAAAAUUGGAUAUGAAGGCAAGAACCUUCACAUGGCCUCUUAUGAUUGGAGACUCUCUUUCCAUAACACCGAGGUACGUGACCAAUCGUUAAGUAGACUGAAGAGCAAAAUCGAGCUAAUGUAUGCCACCAAUGGGUUUAAGAAAGUUGUGGUGGUUCCGCAUUCAAUGGGGGCUAUCUAUUUCCUUCACUUCCUUAAAUGGGUAGAAACACCUCUUCCUGAUGGAGGCGGUGGGGGUGGUCCAGGUUGGUGUGCCAAACACAUCAAAUCCGUCGUCAACAUUGGACCCGCCUUUUUAGGUGUUCCUAAAGCCGUCAGUAAUUUACUUUCUGCUGAAGGCAAAGACAUCGCUUACGCCAGAUCUUUGGCUCCAGGUCUCUUGGACUCGGAACUUCUCAAGCUGCAAACACUCGAACACCUUAUGCGGAUGUCACAUAGCUGGGAUUCAAUAGUAUCUUUAUUACCAAAGGGCGGUGAGGCAAUUUGGGGCGAUCUAGACUCGCACGCUGAAGAAGGACUCAAUUGUAUUUACUCCAAGAGAAAAUCAUCGCAGCUAUCGCUAAGUAAUCUCCAUAAACAAAACUACAGCCUUAAACCGGUGUCACGGGUGAAAGAACCCGCAAAGUACGGAAGAAUCGUAUCUUUCGGGAAACGAGCAUCAGAACUGCCUUCCUCACAACUCUCUACGCUAAACGUCAAGGAACUGUCAAGAGUAGAUGGCAAUUCAAAUGACAGUACAUCAUGUGGAGAGUUUUGGUCAGAGUACAAUGAAAUGAGCCGAGAAAGCAUAGUAAAAGUAGCAGAAAACACAGCUUAUACAGCCACCACUGUUCUUGAUCUUCUUCGAUUUAUAGCCCCUAAGAUGAUGAGACGAGCCGAAGCUCAUUUCUCUCACGGCAUUGCUGAUGAUCUUGAUGACCCUAAGUAUGGACAUUAUAAGUACUGGUCUAAUCCACUCGAGACCAAAUUACCGGAGGCACCAGAGAUGGAAAUGUACUGUCUUUACGGAGUAGGGAUUCCGACCGAGAGAUCUUACAUAUACAAGCUCGCAACCUCUUCCGGUAAAUGCAAGAGCAGCAUUCCCUUCCGGAUAGAUGGAUCUCUGGAUGGAGAUGACGUUUGUCUUAAGGGAGGAACACGGUUUGCGGACGGAGACGAGAGUGUACCGGUGAUAAGUGCGGGGUUUAUGUGCGCAAAGGGAUGGAGAGGAAAAACACGGUUUAACCCGUCAGGGAUGGAUACAUUCUUGCGGGAAUACAAACAUAAGCCGCCGGGAAGUCUACUAGAAAGUCGAGGAACGGAAAGCGGAGCUCAUGUAGACAUAAUGGGUAAUGUUGGACUCAUUGAAGAUGUUUUGAGGAUAGCUGCCGGAGCUUCAGGCCAGGAGAUUGGUGGCGAUAGAAUUUACUCGGAUGUGAUGAGGAUGUCGGAGAGAAUUAGCAUCAAGUUGUGAAAUAAUUAGGACAUUAGCCAAUUUUGUUGUUGUCAUGUAUAAAAUACUAAUACAAAGCAUAGUUGAAGAUUAAUUUGGUUACGUUUU